AAAUGCUAUGCAGCCUAACCAUUGCACCACAGUUUCUUUUGCCUCUUCGAUGUUAUCAAAUAUCCAAUGGGCGACAUAAAUUAGCAUGGGUACCUUUCACCUGUUUGAUGUCUGACUUGGCGUUGCGCGGGUACAUAAUGUCCACAGCCCUGAUACUAUUUCUGCCUUUCCAGUCACUGCUGACUGCGUCUUACUCCUCUAUGAUAAGUUUUUUCUUCUGUUUUUCUCCUCUUUUGAUUAUAAUUUUGCCUUGCACAACUCUUGUCACAGUGCACUCUCAUACUAGUGCACCCUCACAUGCCACUACCUUGCAUUAUAUGAUGUUCCUUCACCUUCACUCUGUCGCUACGCGUCCAAUUUUGUAGCAACCUUGCUGUUA